ACAUAAUUAUUGCAUACGCCCUUUGAAGCCUCGCGUUCUCAUCUAGUCCGACCAGUAUGAUACCGUUCGUAUUAUAAAAUAACUAGGUAAUCUUCGAAACAGACCUAAACCAUACGACGGUAUUUAAAGUCUGCUCUUUACUACACAUGCCAUUAUGGAAGACCCUGAAGGGUCAUUAUGUGCCAUUUGCAAAUCAAGUUUCCAUAUAUUCAAUGAAAGGGGGACCAGCAAUAAAAUCGCGCAUCACCGGAAAUACUCUGAUUUAGUGAUGAGUAAAGAUGUCGGCUGCUUCAUCUGUACAUGGAUCUGGUCAAGGCACCCGCCCCCGAGAGAUGAAGGGGGAGUCACAGGCGAUCCCGAUGAACAGUUUACAAUUAUCUGCGAAAUAAUUUGCAAUGAAUCAUUUUGGCAAGGUUAUGAGUGUCGCAUAACCUUUAAUAUUUCAUGUUCAUGGGCUGUUAAUUAUAUACUUACUGUACGCCUUUCUACUAGAAAAGAGCAGCGAGACAAAUAUCAUGAUAUGAUGGCCCGGCCAUGGGCAAAGCUCGACCCUUAUAUAGGGUCUCCUCAAUCCUUGGAAAGUGUCCAAAGCUGGAUUUCAUCAUGUGAGAAAAGUCAUGAAGACCUCUGCAGAUCGCCCACGGAAGCUGGUGCUUUCUUUCCCACUCGAAUCCUCGAUGUCCAAAAGGCGUGCUGUGGUUAUGUCUUCUUGAGGAGUAGAGACGAAGCGAUGGUCCAACGUGAUACUGGAGAGGAAGACUUGUGCUGCCAUACGCCAACCUCUACCCUAGAACACGUGUAUCCUGCAUAUUGGACUCUUUCUCAUCGUUGGGGAGACCCGAGUAAAAUUAAUCAGCUCUGUAAGGAAACGGAACACCAACUUCGCGCUGGCAUACCACUCGACGAGCUAUCGCCAACCUUUCGCGACGCGACUCUUUUUGUCCAUCGCUUAGGCUAUAGAUAUCUCUGGAUAGACUCGCUAUGCAUAUUUCAAGACUCAGAGGUUGAUUGGCAAAGAGAAGCCGAUAUAAUGGCUGAUGUUUAUCGCAACUCAUUUUGUAAUAUAUCGGCAAUUUCCCCAUCGAUUGACCCAUCACUCGGCGGCCUAUUUCGUCAAAGAAUGGACAAUGCGAGGUUUUUGUAUCCAUUCAAAACUAAUAUUGGCAUUCGGGUACGUAGCCCAUCGGAACUCGACUAUGGCCCAUGGAUAGCCUGGAACGACUCAAUCUGGAUCGACGAGAUCGAAAGCGCGGCUCUUCAUACACGAGGCUGGGUUGUGCAGGAGCGGUUCUUAUCUACUCGAAUCAUUCACUUCACACGAAAUCAAAUUUAUUGGGAGUGCUUGGGAUGCACCCAUUGUGAGGCUGAUAUUAUGAUCGGGUUAGUAAAUUCCAGAAAGGUCAAAGAUGAAGACUAUAUCCAGCGAAAGCGAGGAUACGGAUAUAAAGCUUCGAGAAGAGAGAUCAUAAAGGAGAAAGCAAAUCUUCAAGCUCGGAGAGGUCGGACGGAGCUGUACUCUGGCGGAGGAAUAAGUCCUUUCUUCUGGCUUACUAUUCUCUCGACAUACAUGACUUGUAAUCUCACAAAAGAUUCAGACAAACUCAUCGCCAUGUCCGGUAUUGUCAAAGCUUUUCGAGUCGCCACCGGCGAUACAUAUUUAGCUGGCCUGUGGAAGCAGUCACUACACUAUGGUCUUUUGUGGAAAAGUACGGCUAACAGAGGAACCCGAAUUCGACGCAAUGAAUCCUAUGCUCCGUCCUGGAGUUGGGCUUCGGUGGCGGCUGUAGGGACGGGUAGUGGGGUCGAACUAUGUGAUAUUUACAGGAAAGAGGUGAAACCAUUAAUACAAGUGACUGACGAAAGGAUCGUCGCAGAGCCUCCUGGUGGGGACACUACUGGUCUCCUUCGAUCCGCAGAGCUCGAUAUUAAAUGUAAACUAUCCUAUUUUCGAUAUAGGAAUGAUUCUUGGUGGCCUGGCAGGUUAUACGUUGACGAAUAUAUGACAGAUUGCUACGGCAGAUUCGAGUUCGAAUACACAUUCUUCGACAUGUCAGAUCAGGUAGAAAAAUUCGCAGAAGCAGGAGUGAUUGAAGGCACUUGUAUGCCGAUAUGUAAAGUGGAAAUAGGUAGAACCCUUUAUGCGCUCAUGUUAGAGCACGUGGAAGGUAAAAAGUUUCGACGAGUUGGCAUCUUACAGUGUUACUGCGGAGAUCAUGAUACAAGGGAUUUCUCAGAUGAGUGGAAGGCUUGGUGGAUUGAUGGAGCUAUGAACGAUUUGACAGGAGUCAUCACUCUUGUAUAAUACGACUGUCUAUUUAUUGGUCUGACAUAGUUGGUGUAGAAUUAAAC